AUGUGGAACGUUGAAGAUCGGUGCAACGCUGGACGUGUCUGGUGCGUUUCCGCCAUGCAAAGCUGGACGUCUCUUACAGCCCUGAGCAUUGUCUUUGGAUUUGCGGGGCCAAAUUUCUUGCCUCCUCAAUGGAUGCAAGAUGCUAUUCACCAGGAUGAAGGCGCAAGGUCUUUGCAGGAGGACCUUUCUGCAGAGCUGUCUGACGUGCCAGGUUCUUGGGCCCUUGGAAUAGAGGAGCCUGUGUGCUGGCGACAGCGCUUUGCGCCGAUGGCAGCUGGUGUGACCAGGUGGCUGGAAGACUGUUCAGAGGAUAGUGGUGUGACCACCGGGACGUUGUCAACAUUGUCAUUUUUCUUCCUGGCGGCAGCGAUGGACAUCGCUGUUCUUGUGCAGAUCAUGCUGAGGAUGCUCAGAUGGGGCCGGCAGAAGAUUGGUCUAGCUGGGCAGUCAAUCAAGCCAGCUCCAGCAGCGAAUGAUGUGGAGUGCUCCACCCAACCUGCCAUAGUUCAUCAGUUGAGGUUGCCUUGUCAUCCGGAGCAUUUCGAGAUUCAUUCCGAGGACGAGGAGACACACACUCCACGCUCCACCAAUGCAGAUCAGGAUGGCACCGAGCUUCGCACACCCGAUAGCUGCUGCGUUUCUGUGGAGUUGGAAGAUGCAUAUGCUCGAAUCCGGACUCUGGAAUCAGAGCUGCACCAGCAAAAGCAGAUGAGCACUGCUUUGCGGGAGGAGAUGCGCAUCAAAGAGGUGCAGGCAGAUGCCCAUGCCGUCCUGCAAGCAGAGCUUCAAGUGUCCCGAAAGGAGCUGCUGGAAUGCCAAGGAGAAGCGAAUCUGAUGAGGGUGCAACUGGAUGCAUUGUCAGAACUGGGGAGCGAGAAGGUGCCCUGCACAGAUUGCCUUAGCGUUUUUGCCGAUUGGCUUAAAGCAUCCUUGAAGGACAUGGCUGUGCAGGAGCUGCACGCAAAGAGGGCCAUUCACGACUCGAACCACAAGCAAGAGCUACGCCGCCAGCUGGAUGGACUCAAGAUCGGCAGGAAGCAGUCAUCACGAUGGGCUCCACCUUCAACGAGUCGAGGUCGUCGAGACUUGGCUUCCAACCCCUUCGAAUGA